UCCCUUCCCUUCCCUCUUUUCUCCCUGCAUCCAGUGUUCCUGACAAACCAAGCUGUUUCCCGUUGUUGUCAGCAGACUGAGUUUCUCGGGCUGCAGCUCACCCCUGCGUUUCAUGGCAUAAAUCACAGCGCGAGGAGAGCAGAGCCAGAAGUGCAGUUAAAAAACAAAGUGUGGGGUUGGGAGCUGGAAGCGGUGUCCCUGGCGGAAACCAGGAGGGCUGUGAGUUACCAGCAGAGUUUGGGAGCUGGGAACAAAAGGAAAGCACGCUAAUUGUGAUCAGAAGGAAAACCGGGGACGCUUAUCUUAAAAUCAACCCGAACUCUUGCUGGAACACAGCGAUAUUUUCCCUGAGUGAGCCGCCCCAUGGUGCAGAAAUAAUUGCACUUGGGAGGUUUGCUGCUGCUCGGCUGAGCUGGAAGGCAUUGAGGUCCCCCCCCGGGGCCUGCACCUGCCCUGCUCUGGAGCUGUGCCGGGCUUUACGGAGCAGGUGCCCUCUGCUGCUCUUCUGCAUGUUUGCAAACAUUCCUCAGUUUGCAAACGCCCGCAUGGACAGGGGAAAAACCAGUGCAACAGGGACAAAGAAGCGUGCUCUGUCCUGUCCACUGCUCAGCCCUGCCCAUUAUUUCCUCGUGGUGUUCUCCUAAAUUAGAGGUGUUCCCAGGCAGGAAAACCCCAGCCGUUGUUCAGGGGGUGCAGUGGGGCAGCGCUGGGGAUGUGCCGUGCGUGGACAGCAAUGUGGAGAUGCUGCCCGGCUUUCACAACAUCUGCAAGUCUGAACUCUGAUCCAGGAGCCUGACAAACCCCUGAUAAGAGCAUUCUUGCCACAUAGCACAGAUAUUUUUAGCAAACGGGGCCAAGGAGUUGAUAGGGGAGCAACGAAGCAAGGAGAUGAAGGAAGGUGCUUGUGUUCCCAAAGCAUCGGUGUGAAAUCACGCUGGAACUCGCACAUUUCAGGGCUGUUUCUGCUGAAUUGUUUUGCAUGAGCUCACGUCCACACGACUGGGAUCAGUGAGAUUAAGCCGUGCACAUUGUUUUUGAAACACGGGACGAGCAGUGCGCUCAUUUUUGCAUCGCUCCUUUUGAAAGCAGCCACAAAUGCCUGCGCUCGUUGACUCGACAGCUGCGUGGUGGGGAAAGACAGCUGGGACCUGGGGGCUGCUGGUGCUGCUGGGCUCGCAUGUGACAGUUGUGUCCUUCACUGCUAUUUUUACAGAGCUAUUUUGGUGGAAUGUGGAGCGAUGGGAACUGUCACAGGGACAGGAACCUGGGGCCGCUGCACCCCCGCUUGCUCUUUUCCCCACUCCUACUGCCUUUUCCCAGGGCCCUUUCUGACUUAGGCAGAUGAAGCUCUCCCUGGCUGUUCUCCCAGCCCGGAUAGGUGAGCUGCAGAUGGGAGUCAUCAGCACCGAUCUCUUCAGCAUCAGUACAAAGGUCAGGGAACGCAUUAUGAAACUGCCUCUCCCCAGCGUUUGCAGCGCAGUCCUUGCUGGGAUACAUAAAGCUUUGGGUAGUUUUCUUUAUUCCCCAAGUUUGCAUUUUCACACGGUAAUGGCAGAGAAUAAUUAGUGCUGAGCCAGGGUGGGGUGGCUGCAGUGACAUGGGGGCUGCGUGCACAGGCUGCCCCUCGUGCUGCUGGGAGCUGCUGGCAGCUCUGUUUGGAGCAGGUCAGCAUCCUCUGCAGGAAUGCAUCCGCUGGCUGUGCCAGGCAGCACUUGGCAGCCAGAGCCACCGGUGUGAGCGCCGCAGUCAGGUUAUCUCCUCAGAGAAUGAUCUGCAGCCAGUGCUGCUGCCAGCCUGGGUUGGGUGCCAAGCUGCAAAAUGCCACUGGAGGCAAUUUUGGAAUUGCUCAUCGCAGGCAGCAGGUGGAAGCAGGCUCUGCUCGUUAGCUGCUCCCAGUGAGCCGUCUUCUUGCUGACCCCGCUCCUGCUCCUUCCCCUCCGAGGCUGCUGGGAGCGGGGCCCCCUCUGUGUGUGGUGCACAAUGGAAGGAUGCUGCUGAUUUCCUCUGCUGGAUGCUGCCAGUUUCCUCCCACGUCCCAGUCCCCCAUGCAACAAGUGGGCGCUGCAGCAGCCGCAUCCGUACCAUGGCUGAUGCACAUCCCUGCGGCAGAGGCAGCGCGCUCCUGCUGCCAGCACCCACACCCGCUGCUGCUCCUCUGCCCUUUGUGUUUCUGUUUGCUCCGUGGCGUCCCUGAGUUGUGAGCUGCUCCAGGGCGCAGCGGUGCUGUCACUCCAGUGGAGUCUUUUGGGUCAGCAGCGAUCUGUGAAGUGACUGAUGGGAAGGGGAGAGGGAGGAGGAGGAGCUGAGGCUGCAGCCAGCGCUGCUGCAGAGCGCUGCGUGCCGCCGCGCACAUGCUGAAGAGCUCGUUAUGUAAAAUUCAUCUGCAGAAAUCAGCUCUGCCACUUCAGAUGGGGGGGAAGCGGCCGCGUGUUUCUGCUCGGCGCAGAUGUAGGCGAGAGGAUGUUGAGGUUCUGUUGCUUCAGCCUCUUGUUUUUCUGCAGAUAAGCUUUGAUAAGCGCCGCAGACCACUUGCAGCUCGGUGCCCUUUGCACAGGGGCAGAGGUCUGCAGGGCUCGCUGUCCCCAGGUUGCUGUGAUGUGGAAGACAGUGGCUGGGGACGUGGCUGCUCCGCUUCAGAGCUGCCGUGGGGUCGGCAGCACCUUUGCUUUGGCCGAUCCAGGUCUCUCUGGGGAAAUUUGAAAUGUUUUGUAAGGGGGUAAGAGCCUUUCUUUGACAGGGUGGAAGCCUGAAUGAAAGGUCCCCCAUAGGGAGGUUAUUUGAGAUGUUGCAGGGUGAGGAAUGAGGCCCUUGGACAGACUGGUGUCAUAGAGGCGGCCAGACCAGCCCAUCCUGGAGCAGAGCCCCUGCCCAUCUGAGGCACUUCUGGCAGUGGGAGCUGAUGGUUCCCAGAGAAGCACAGGACGGAGGUCUUGGCCUGGCCCAUGAGCACAGUGUGUGGUUGCAGAAGGGCUGGCUGUGCUUCUUUGCAGUGGGCCGGGCUGGUUGUGCAGCCGGGCAGCUCUGCCCUUCCCCAGCUCAUCCCCGGGAGGUGCAGGGUGCGCAGCCCGGGCACGCAGCCCCACUGUGCAGCGUCAGCACGGGGCCUGCGAGCUGCAGCAGCACCUGUAACAGAUCUGCUGCCAUUCCACAGACCUUCCCCGCAGCGCUUUGGAUGCCGCAGCAGUAACACCAUGCGAGCGUGUGGGAGGGAACGGGUUUGGGAGCGAGAGCCCCGGUUAGGGUGCAGGUUCCCAAGGGAGGCCCGCGAGGCAGCGCUGCUUUCGGCAGGGACUGUUUGCUGUUGUUUUUAAACAACAGUUAAAUAAAUAAAUAAACAAACUCGCUGCCGUGGAAGGAUACAGCUCGAGCCCGGGCUGGCGAGGUCAGCGUUUCCCUUGGAAAACAGGAGGGCAGGUGUUUCCCUCCCCUCUGCCGUCCAUCCUCGUGUUCCCAGUGCCCUGGGUAGCGGUCCCCCCCCGCCCGGGCCCCUCCGCCGAUGGGAGCAGCGCCCCGGGGCCGCUCGCCGUGCAGGGCGGCGUGGGAGGAAUGUGCCACCUCGGCCGGAGCCGGCCGUGCUGAGCACAGCUCGGACUCGGAAGGUAAUUAUGAGACCCCCGAAGCAGAAACGCCGACCUGCUCUCUGCUAAAGGAGCCCAGCGAGCUGCAGCCCGAGGCCAGGACCCGAGGGCUCAGCGGCCAUGGGGAGCUGCAGGGAGGGGAGCAGUGCCCCGAAGAUGAGGCUCAGCCUGAGGUCGGGGCCCCUCCAGCCAACGUGGGGACCAAACGUUGGCCUGAAGACCCGGCCGUGACGCAGCCGCCGGCUGAAGCCCAGCCCCAUGUGGGCACAGCCGCCUGUGAGCGGGUCAUGUCGGGAGGGGACACGGCUGAUGCUGGUGUGGGGCUGGCAGAGCCAGAGGGGGAUGCUCUGGUGCAGGAGAGCUCGCCCUGUCAGCUCCAGAAGGGAAAGCCGCCUUCCCAAGGGGGCAGAGGAGGGGAAAGCACAGAGCCUGCCCCCGGCGUGGAGCCCCCGGUGCCCCUGGCCUCAGUCCCUGAGCAGCACAGUGAGGCCAUCAGUUCCAUCGUGGCAGAGGGCUGCACGCUGCAGAGCUGCCCACCGGACCUCCACUGCCUCCCACUGAGUGAGCCCAGGGGGGAGCUGGGCUCCCAGCCCCCAGGGCAGCUCCCAAAAGCUGAAGUCGAUGCCACAGAAGGUGCGGACGGUGUGGAGACACGGAGAGCCUCACCGAGAAAGGCCAGCAGGAUCCCAGCCAGCAAGCUGACGCCGAAGAGGCACAGGAGGCCCAUGGAGGACACAGAGAAGGGUCCCCAGGGCCCCCCCAGGGCCUCCCCUGCGCCGUGGGACAGCCCCGAGCUCAGCCCCUUUGGUGGCGGUUCAGCACUGCAGCACUCACCCGCUCUCCCCAAAGGCUCUUACCAGUUCGACCCCAAUAACUUUGACUCCGUGGAUCCCUUUAAGCCCACCAAGACCCUCACCAGCACCACCGACUGCUGCCCCACGGCCGACAACAGCCUGAACGAGAUCCUGGAGUCCCAGACACUGGAGGACGAGCUGGGGAAGAGCAGGGGCUCCCCGCAGAAGGCCAAGUCGCGUCUGAUAACGAGCGGCUGCAAGGUGAAGCAGUACGAGACGCCGGCGCUGGUGCUGGACGGCUGCACGCAGGAUGAGGGAACGCUGAUCUCAGAGAUCCCAGACAUUGCCGCUCGGGAUGGACACGCCACCGAUGAGGAGAAGCUGGCAUCCACCACCUGCGCGCAGAAAGCGGCCGGGCUGGAGAAGAAGGGAGAGCCCGAGGAUGACCUGGAGUACUUCGAGUGCUCCAACGUCCCCGAGCCUGGCAUGGAGCCAGGCUUUGAGAAGGAGCUCUCCAAGCACACAGACAAGGAUGGACCUGUUGCCUCUCCCGGCCAUCCCGGGCUGUGCCUGGCAGACAAACCUCCCACAGCCAUCACCAGCGGCAGCAGGAGCGACAGCCCCCUGGACAGCAUCUGCCUGAAUGCCUCUGAGAAGGCGGCCGUGCUCACACUCAUCCGGGAGGAGAUAAUCACAAAGGAGAUCGAAGCCAACGAGUGGAAGAAGAAGUACGAGGAGAGUCGUCAGGAGGUCCUGGAGAUGAGGAAAAUUGUGGCUGAGUAUGAAAAGACCAUUGCCCAGAUGAUAGAGGAUGAGCAGAGAACAAACAUGACUUCCCAAAAGAACCUGCAGCAGCUCACCAUGGAGAAGGAGCAGGCGCUGGCGGACCUCAACUCUGUGGAGAGGUCCCUGUCGGAUCUCUUCAGGAGAUAUGAAAACCUGAAGGGCGUCCUGGAAGGCUUUAAGAAGAACGAAGAAGCCCUGAAGAAGUGUGCUCAGGAUUACUUAAACCGCGUCAAGCAAGAGGAGCAGCGGUACCAGGCCCUGAAGGUCCACGCGGAGGAGAAGUUGGACAAAGCCAACGAGGAGAUCGCCCAGGUGCGCACCAAGGCCAAGGCGGAGAGCGCGGCGCUGCACGCGGGGCUGCGCAAGGAGCAGAUGAAGGUGGAGUCCCUGGAGAGAGCCCUGCAGCAGAAGAACCAGGAGAUCGAGGAGCUGACCAAGAUCUGCGACGAGCUGAUCGCGAAGCUGGGCAGGGCAGACUGAGCCCGCCGCCCCAGCGCUCUGCACCCGGCUGCUUUUCUCCUACCUUCAAGCACUUUGCCUUAUUAUUAUUACCCCGGAGCGACCCCAUAGAAAGCACACGCGUGGCUGCCGUGCCCCAGGGGCGAGGGUGGUCGUCCCCAUGUGCUGUCACUGUCCUCACGUGCUGCGUGGCACAGCCCCAGGGCACGUGUGGUGCGUUGUGCAGAGGCACUGAGCGCCGGGGAAGGGGCCCUGCGUGGAGCUCCUUUCCCUGCUCAGCACAGCGAGGCACGGAGGAGCAGUCACGCUGUGGGUCUUGCACUGCUGUCACCAAUCCCCCCGCAGCACUGCAUAAUAAGGGAAGCUAACAAAGCCGGCCUUUACAGGGAAAGACAGAUCCGGGCAGCGCUGAAAUACACUUUGAAGUCUGUCUGGGUGCAACCCAGGAGCUGCAUUUCCAUGCAGGCUGCCUGCUGCAUUUCGUGGUGGUUACUUCUUGGUGAGCCCAAGAGAAGUGCUGAGGCUGAGGCUCCUUCCCUCACCGAGCACAGACAGCCCUGAGGUGUCAGAUAAGGGAAAUAAAUGCUGUUGGACUGUUUCCUACCUAGCCUAGCUAAAACCUUAGCAAACCUUUUUGCUGCUACCUUUUUGUAAAAGAAUUGAGCUGUUUUCCUUCUAUUUUCUAAUCCCUGCGUUCCACAUGCAGUGCAGACAUCUGUUCAAAGCAGAGCCAUACACCUGAGAUAUAUUUUAUUAGUUAUGUAUAGAAAGGAUUUAUUACACAGACACGAAGCCCGGGCACACACGGGGUCCCCACCCGCUCCCCCUGUCCCAGCAAAGGGGCUGGCGGCUGAUGCUGUGCUUUGUGUUGAACGUUCACCUUUUUGCACAGCUGGCAGCAAGGAAAAAUCCUUUUUUUCCCCCUCUUUUCUCGUUUUUCCUUUGCUGGGGUCAGUCACCGUGCCAAGCACAGCCCGCUGCAGCACGACUCCCCUCACCAGCACCGGGGUGGCUGCAGCCUGGCACCGCUCUCUUCCCUCAUUCUCCCACGUGUUGAGCUCCACAGCUGCCCUCCUGGUCCCGGCGUGGCUGCAGCUCACGGGGCACAGGGUGGCACAGCGACGUUCCCAGAAGCACCUCUUGCAUAGAGCACGCGGAGUGCUGCGCUCUUCCUGCAGCCAGGGGCUGUGUGGAAGGCAGGGCUGUCCCUGCAGCAGCAGCAGUGCGACCUGGCAGCGUCCUCGCACCGCUCUGCUCCCGCUGCCCCGUGGCCACGCUGCCGCUCCCACCCCCGUCCGCGUGCUGUCGCCUUUCUGUGCCUCUCAGCAUGCACGUACAAUCUGGGCAAAGAUUCCUACGGAAUGAUUUAUUAACUAUAAUAUGGUUAUAGUUGCAUAUAUAUAAAUAUAUACAUACCGGCCAUAGUUACCUACAGUAGAAGGCGUAUUUUCAGUUCACACGGGCGAGACUGUUGCAUCCCGCGUGCUGCUCCCCCGGAGCCAGCCCUGCAGCACAAGCUGCUGCCAUCUCUCCUGCAGCAGCAGGGACGUGCCCCUUCCUGGCAGCAGAGUGCCCCUGAGCGUCGUGUUGCCGUGCGUGCCGUAGAUCUCUUGUCUGCAGUGAAGUGCCAAUGAGUGCCCACCCCCCGCACCCCGCUUCCCCCCCCCUCCCCCCGCGUUGACUACUACCAGGAUCGCUUUGUACCACGUACCACGUCGCUGCCAUCACCAUCGAUUUUGUAUGUACAGUAAUUUCCCUUUUAUAUGUCAGGUAAAUAUUUGUAAGAGUUAUACUCACACAAAGGAGAUUGUUAUAAUGAUUACUAAUAUAUAUCUAUUUUUUUUUCCAUGUUUCAUUGCCUGAGUAAAUAUUGUGUUUAUCACUCUUGAAA